AUGCGGCUGUUUUUACUUGGUGUGGCCGUGGCCGCCGCGAGUGCCUCCUAUUACUCCGGGCUGGAGGGCCAUGGUCUCGGCAGUGAGCCGAAACUCAUUUCGCAAUCGGUUCACCUGAAGGAGAUACCGACGAAAAUCAUUAAGGUCACGAAGACUGCGGUCGUCAAGGUACCAGUGCCGUAUCCUGUCAAGGUGCCCCAUCACAUACCCGUCCCGGUGCCGGUGAACCAUCCGAUCGCGGUUCCGUACCCGAAGCUAGUGAAAGUCCAGGAAACGGUGCCGGUCGAAGUGUCCAAGCCGGUCCCGAUACCACUUCCCCAGCAGAUCGCGGUGCUGGUGCCGAGGCCAGUGCCGAUCCCGCAGCCGAUUCCUGUUCCCCAGCCGGUAGCGAUCAGCAAGUCGAUCUACUACCCGGUCCCGCACCCGAUACCAUAUCAGGCCCACCACGAGUCCGAGGGUGGAGUCGGCGGCGGCGGCUACGACUCAAGCGAUGACCACGUGGGACACGAGUCUGAGAGCUACGGCUCUUACACGGUGAACGAGCAGGGACACGAAGGAUACGAUCAGCAGGCCGGUGGACACGGACACUUCCAGCCUUCGCAGCCAGACUACAGCCCGCACCACUGA